AUGGCGCCGGAAUAUCUAGAGUAUCCUACAAAUCUUGUCCGAACAGAAGCGUAUUAUCACACGCUUGAGUCUUACCGCGCCAAGCUCAAUACUAGAGGGGUAUUUCAUCCUACAUAUCGUUCAGUAGGUUUCAUCGAACUAUAUGAAAACGGCAAUGCGUUUCAUAAGUUAAAGUCCCCCGACGCGGUUGAUCAACUUAGCAGCUAUAUCGACGAAGAAGAUGGCGCACCCCUUUGGCGAAUGAUAUUCCUUCAGUCCAAAUCGGCUCGAGGGGCGUUAGGGUGCAGCAAGGAUCAACUCUUGCUUUUACUUACAUACUAUCAAGUAAUGCCAUCCUUUUUGGAUUUCGUCUUAACUUUCUCUACCCGCGAACGGCCUGUGGCACAUGCGAUAUUCAGACACGAAGAUUAUCUUGAAGAUAAUAGUUCAGAGUUUGCAAUACCACAGCUUAGAAGAUCCGGAGUACAAAUUCAACAUGCUUUCAACCUCCUAUCUGUGGAGCGAGCUGGCGAUCCUAUCGAAAAGAAUCAAUGGCCCUUACGCCAAGUUGCCCUCUAUUACUCGUUUGAUGUUACCAAUGGCCGGAGUCUUUGGAUUAUCCUUAAAGGGAACGGAAUUAUGGUGACGCGCAUCUUGUCCGCCACGGAGCACCAAAGACGCCUGAAGGCUACGGCUAUUAAUAACCCCGAAACAUCAUUCAUCGCUGCCCUUGAGGUACAUAUGAUCAUGAUUGAUUGGUGCUCUGAAAAUUGGGCCGAAUACAUUGAAUACCUUGACGACGCGGUUAAUGCCAAUUCUAUCGAGGGGAAGACAGCGCCAGUUGAUGAAGUGACCAGACCAACGGAGAUCGAGACAGCGCAUACGCCACGAAACACUAAUACCUUUGGUCCGCAAAGUCCAUCGACGGGUAUAUUUAGUAGUACCAAGCGAUGGACGUUUCGUCAGUCCUCAUCCAACCUAAUCAAAGCCAUCCGGCGAUUUUCCGGACUUGAGAGCAGACCACCCCCUAAUGAUGAGGAAAACACAGCAGAAAAAGGGGUUGAAGACACGCCGGAAUUACAAGAGGAAGAAGAUGAAGAAGAACGCAAUAAACUUUCCGAUCUCGAAAAGGAGUUUUCUUUCCAGAAAUAUCAGAACAUGAGUCAAUUGUCUAUAGAGCUAGAGAGAUCAUUAGUAGUCCUUGAACAGAAUAAAGGGGUACUUGGAGCGAUCGAAGAACAUUACCACUCGGUUAUUAAGUCAUACGGAUUCACGACAUACAUGAAGAAAGGCCUUUGCGAUAACGACCUGGCUGCUUUCUUCGCUAAAAUACGAAAUACAAAAAGGGAGCUCGACAUACACUAUCGUCGCUUACAGGUAUUAUCCCAAGCACUGGAAAAUGACAAAACGAUGUUCACCACACUCUUGCAGUAUAAGAGCGAGAAGGUAUCCGAGUACUUCGCAAGUAGCGCAAAGAUAUCCUCGGAUCGAAUGGAAGAUAUCGCGGUCCGAACCGAACAGGAGACGUUGUCGAUGCACGUAAUUACAAUAUUUACGCUUAUCUUCCUCCCGGGGACUUUUAUAGCUACCCUAUUCAGCAGCGGCGUAUUCCACUGGGACGAUGAUGGGUCUCUUGGCUCGGACUGGGUCAUCCGGAAAGACGCUCUGAAACUGUUUUUCUCUGUAUCCAUACCCAUGAUGGCCAUUAUAUUGAUCUCUUGGUUUUUAUUAUUUGUUUAUAUGAGGCGGAAAAGACAGCAAGCAAAGCAGAACCCAUUACUACCCUUGGCAGAAGGUAUAUUCAUGGGGCGAGGUAAGAAGGGCCACGGCGCCCGGAAGAAGGUAACAAAAGGUGUUACCAAUGACGAGCCUUACCUAGACCCAGCGCCAUUUACCGACUUCUGCACGCAUAUAGACAAAAAGAAAAGACGAUUCGUCGGAUUGGAUGCCUUCGACAACGAUACGAGCUUCAUUCCAUUCGAGGUCCUACGUGACUACUGGACCAAAGCUCGGGUAAACACUGUCCUAAAGGCGUUCAGGGGCAACCUUACUUUCAAUAUCGAGAAUAUACGCAACCAUUAUAUCCGCAUCUUCUCGAUUCUCUUUACCAGGCAUAACCUAAAUGAUGCUAAGUUGCCAUUGAAGCAACAUCCAGCGGAAUGGCCAACAGGUCCCAUUUACGCUAGGUUAUUUGGAAAAUUCUCUAAACAUCAAUGGACCUUCUUCCCCUUCAUUUUUAGCGAUGCUCAAUUAGACGAUCAUUGCCUCGACGAUGAUAUCGUGUUACCUAUUGAAAAGGUGUCUCAAAUCUCCCAAGGAGACGCAGCGGUCGUCCAGAUGAUAAAGAUUGACGAUUCGUGUAAUUCACUUGCACCGAGGGAUCAACACGGUCGACCCAAUCAGGACAUAUUCGUACUGAAGACGUAUCAUAGUCAUAAGUUCGAGAAGCUGUAUAUCAACGAAGUCAAGGCGCUACGAAUGCUUAAAACCUCACCCUCUUCGAACAUCAUUGCCUACUAUGGAUCUUUCCAGCUAAAUGGCACGUACAACAUCAUACUCGAGCAUGCUGAUAGAGGAGACCUGGCUGCUCUGUUCAGGGAACGUGCCCCGAAAGGUACCGAAAUUGAAGAGUUCUGGAAGAGCUUAAUACCACAAUGCCUUGAGGGACUGGGCCGCAUCCAUCACUUGAUGAUGAACGUUGACGAAGAUGGUGUCAAUGGGAUUCACGAAGAUAUCAAACCCGAUAAUAUCUUGCUUUUCAAGGGUCGCUCAGGGUCGCGCUAUGACUUCAUCCCCAAGAUUGCAGAUUUCGGACUAUUCACGCAUGUCAGAAAGUCCAAGGCAAACAGCAGUGAGGCAAUGGGUCUAGAUAACCUUGGAAACCAACUAUACAGUUCACCUGAAUGCAGUCAUACAUCCUCCUAUCGGGAGAACGCUCCAAACAUGAUUAACACCAAAGCCGACAUAUUCUCCUUCGGUGCUGUCUUGAGCGAUGCUUGCGCAUGGGUAAAGGGGGGCCCCAGGGAGAAAGCCAAGUACAACGAACAACGGAGAGACUAUCACCAGACUAUUAAAGCAUUCCGCGGAAGUGAUUACGAGGCCUGUUUCCACGAUGGUGUAGGCCGCUUGCCUGUGGUUGACGAAAUGCAUACAAGCAUUCGCGAUCAUUGUCAAUCCGUCGGAGAUAGUAUCACACCCCGUGUCAUCGACAUGAUCGAGAAGCACAUGCUGCUACCCAACGCCAAUAACCGCUACAAUGCCAAGCAACUAAAGACUCUGUUCAAUGAGAUUUUCGACAUCCCAAAUGAUCAAAGUCAGCGCCCAGCACUUGAUACACUACCUUCAGAUUUAUUGCCGAUGGAGCACGAACGAGGUCUAUGUCUCACGGCGCUAGGAGAGCACAUCGCGAAAUUACAAUCUACCUCUGGCUUUAUUGCAAGAAAACCUCGGGAAGCUAUCGAUAUAGAGAUUAACGAGCUUGUGGACGACCUCAAGAGUAACGUACCCGGCCGACAUCACAUCUUCUUCUUCGACGAUUCCACAACUAUGGAGAAACACGCGCAAUCAGUCGAGAAGACAUCCCUCGCGCUUCUCCAUCUAGUUAGGGAAUUAGAAGGACACGAUGUAGAGUUUUCCUUCGCAUCCGACCCAAAGUGCCUACACCGCAGGCGGCGAAUCAAAAAGUUAACCGACAUAGUGGCGCACCACAGCUACCGCCGCGAGCCCGGGCUAAUCGAGCUUGGGUUCGGGCAACUCGUCGAUAUUGUGCUCAUCCCUCACUUACCGAUACGGAAAUUAGGCAUGAAUUUCAACUUCUUCGCCAAGAAACCGACGAGCAUAUACGUUUUUACGGACGGCGACUGGGGCGACGACCAAGAGGUCGCAUACCGCGUCGAACGGCCGAUAGGGCGGCUAAACAAGGUACUACAGGAGCGGAAAUUGGAUAAAAAUCACAUCUCAUUCCACUUUGUGCGGUUUGGUGAUAGUGCGAAUGGGAAAGCAUAUCUCGAUCAUUUGGACAGUUUCGGUAGGGACGAUAACUGGGAUAAUGUCGAUGUCAAGACUGUCUUAAGUCCUGUAAAGGAUAUCGUCAUUGGUCCGCUUGUCCAAUGA